UUGGUUAGUAGCCAAAGAUUUUUGAUACUAUUACAUUACAUUGCAUUAAAAUACUACUACAUAAUAACAACAAUGGCUUGCUCCUCCUCCUCCUUCCUCUUUCUUUGUCAAUAUCAACACCAACAGAAUCUUCCCAUUUCAGGAAACUCUUCUCUCAGCCUUCCUUCCCGGCCUUUCUUUUCCAAAACUCAUGGAAGGUUCUAUCCUUGAACGUCUUGAUUUUGGGAAGAUGGGAUACGGGUGCAAGCAUUAUAGAAGAAGAUGCAGGAUUAGAGCACCAUGUUGCAAUGAGCUCUACUUUUGCCGCCAUUGUCAUAACGAGGCAACGAGCAUGCUGAGCAACCCUUUUGAUCGGCACGAACUCAUUCGCCAGGACGUUCAACAUGUUGUUUGUACAGUUUGUGACACAGAGCAGCCAGUUGCUCAAGUUUGCACAAACUGUGGUGUCAGAAUGGGAGAAUAUUUCUGCAGCAUCUGCAAAUUCUUCGAUGAUGAUACCGGGAAACAACAGUUUCAUUGUGAUGAUUGUGGGAUUUGUAGAAUUGGUGGUCGAGAGAAUUAUUUCCACUGCAAUAAGUGUGGGUCUUGCUAUUCAACUAGUCUGCGUGAUAAUCAUAUGUGUGUGGAGAAUUCCAUGAGGCAUCAUUGCCCCAUUUGUUAUGAGUACCUUUUUGACUCAUUGAAAGACACUGCUGUUAUGAAAUGUGGUCACACAAUGCAUAGUGAAUGUUACCUAGAGAUGCUAAAGCGUGACAAGUAUUGUUGUCCCAUAUGCUCAAAGUCGGUGAUGGACAUGUCUAGGGCAUGGAAGAGAAUUGAUGAAGAGAUUGAAGCAACUGUCAUGCCUGAUGAUUAUCGGUACAGAAAGGUUUGGAUACUCUGUAAUGACUGUAAUGACACAACUGAAGUUUACUUCCAUGUUCUUGGGCAAAAAUGUGGUCACUGCAGUUCAUAUAAUACUCGCGCUAUAGCUCCCCCUGUUCUUCCUCAAUGACCAGAUACUUAUGGUUUUGGAGACAAAAUUUUCCGGGCAGUAAAUUAAAAUUAUGACUCAUUUAUUGUAGAGCCUUAUUUGAUUCAUCAUCAAGAUUAAUGAUGUACUAUGCCCUGAAACUUAUCUUGGGUUAUUCUUCCUCCACCAUUUGGAGUGGGACUAGUGGUUUUGUUAUGAGGCACUAAUUGGGCUGAUAUAAACAUGGGUAUACUGUAAUAUAGAGAAUGUGGUUUAGUCAGCAUGAGCUACUAGUAAUUGUGUUUACUAGUGAUGUAUUGAUGUUGGAGGAUGGAUUGGCUUGUCUUUGCCAUUAUUGAAUUUAAUCAACACAACUCAAUGAUUUCUUCCCUGCAUAAAUCAAUCAUAUGCUAUUACCUUUAUAGUGAUUGAUUUGUUAUGAUUCAACGUACA